AUGCCAUUAUCCUGCAAUGAAACUGCCACCUUUUUAGACUAUCUUUACUUCAAAGAUCUCGCACUGAACGAGCUGAAAAUGCACGCAAAUCUAGCAUUAAUAUACCCAAUUGUGGUUUUUAUAGGAUUUCUGUGGGUUCUAGGCAUGCUUCUGCUUAUAAUAGGCAUUGCAUUGGUUCUUGGAGUUUUUAUUCGGAUCUGUGUAGAAGUGUUCAUGGCCAUCCAAACGAAGCAGUAUAAGCGGCUUCUGUUUGCGCCUGUGUUUGCCUCGUUCAGCAGAUGCAUGACCAAGGCGUGCAUCUCUGCUACAGAAAGACGCGCCAACAACCCGAGAAGAGCAGAGCAGCGCCGCAUCCCACCCGAGCCAGCAGCGGGAUACAUCCAGCCACAGGAUUUCGCAAACUUCUACAUCCAGCCGUAUUCAGAGAGCGCCUCAUCCGCGGACAUUGCCCUUAGCAGCACUCCCCUGCGAGAUUCCGAGACUCCUCCCCCAUCCUACAACUCGGUAAUGGCAAGCCGCACAUACGUGCCCCAAAACUCGAGUUAG